UUAAUAAUCCACGUUCCAUAUAACAUUAUUUAUUUUAAUAGAUAUUUCCUGAAAUGGGUCGCAAAACCUCCCGAACUUCGCGAGUGGCCGCCGUCAUACUCGUCGUAGUUAAUUUAAUAGCCAUGACGUGCUGUGCCCUCCUCUUCACGCUGAGCCUGUGGAUGAUCGCGUCCCCCGCCACCCUGUCUGCCGUCAUACAGAGCGCUGGACACUCCGCUGUUAAGGCCCUGCUCCCGCGCGAAGUUCUCUCCCCCCCGCUGGGGGUGGCGCUGGCCGCCGUCUCCGGAGCCCUGUUCUGCAUCACGUUCAUGGGAGUCUAUGGAGCCGUGGGGAGGUCGCCGUUUUUGUUGUUUAUGUACUCGAUCCUGGUUCUCCUGCUGCUGAUGCUGGAGUGUGCGCUCAUCUUCUACUUCACCACGGAGUUCUUAGAGAAAGGGCUGCAGGAGCGCGACGGGCACUGGACCCACGCGUUGAGAGUGCUCUUCCAAUGCUGUGAACAUAACGCGACGUAA